AUGGACGUCAGCGACAACAUGCUGUUUGGUGAACUCUCACCGAACUGGGGAGAAUGCCAAAACCUGAUGAAGUUCCAAUUCUCUAGGAACAUGAUCACCGGUAGAAUUCCUCAAGAGAUUGGGCAGUUGACACAGCUAGGUGUGCUUGGUCUUUCUUCAAACCAUCUAGUAGGAGAGAUUCCAAAGGAAUUUGGGAGGCUGACUUCUUUGUUCAACUUGACUUUAAAUGAUAACCAUCUUUCUGGUUUGCUUCCCAAAAGCAAAAGCUUUCAAAAGGCUCCUGCAGAGGCAUUCAUAAAUAAUAAGGGCUUAUGUGGUGAAGUGCAAGGUUUGAGACCUUGCAAUACCUCUUCAAUCAGUCAUAACGAUGUGAAGAAAGGCCAUAGAGUUGUGGUCCUCAUUAUUCUUCCUCUCUUGGUGGUGUUGUUUCUGUUAUUUGUAAUCCUUGGCAUUUCUUGCAUUUAUUACCAAAGAAGAAAAAAUAUAGAGAAAGGAGUUCUUGAGAGGAGCACUGGAAAUCCAUUUUCAAUAUGGAAUUAUAAUGGAAAUGUUGUGUUUGAAGACAUUGUGGAGGCAACAGAGGGUUUCGACGACAAAUACUGCAUUGGAACUGGAGAGUAUGGAAAAGUUUACAGAGCGAAUCUACCGAUGGGCCAAGUAUUAGCCGUGAAGAAACUUCGCCAACUAGAAGGUGGUGAUCAAUCUGAUCAAAGAAGUUUUAGAAAUGAGAUAAGAGCAUUAACUGAAAUCCGUCAUCGCAACAUUGUGAAGCUUUAUGGUUUUUGCUCCCAUGCUCGAUGCUCAUUUCUAGUCUAUGAGUACAUGGAAAAGGGAAGCUUGGCAAGCAUACUAAGCAAUGACAAACGAGCUGCACAGUUAGACUGGACUCUAAGGGUGAAGGUUAUUAAAGGUGCGGCACAUGCUUUAUCUUACAUGCACCAUGAUUGCACCCUGCCGAUUAUCCAUCGAGACCUAUCAAGCAAAAACGUUUUGUUGAAUUCAGAACUUGAGGCUAGUGUCUCUGAUUUCGGCACUGCAUGAUUGCUGAUACCCGAUUCGUCCAAUUGGACUACCCUCGCGGGCACAUAUGGAUAC